UACCACAAAAUGGGAACCGAGUGGGAUACGCUUCGAAAGCAAGCUCGCCAUUUAGAAAAUGAUAUCGACAUAAAGCUGAUCGCUUUUAAUAAGGUUGGCGUUGGUGCGGCCAGUUCGUCGGCGACAGCGAGCAACACAGACACGUCGCCCCUGCUCGGGGAUCAUGUCUUCGAAUCGCUGUCGCUGGAGAUCGAACAAAUGCUGGACAAGCUGUCCAACAUCAACGAAAAGAUGUCAGAGAUUCCAAACAGCGGUGCAGCAGUAAUGCAUGUGCUGCAGAGACAUCGUGAAAUACUGCAUGGAUACCGACAAGAAUACUUGAAGAUACAGGCAAACCACACGACGCGAAUGGAACGGGAAGAGCUGCUGCGGGGGUCUGGGUUAGGUACGUCAUCUCCCUCGACGUCCGGUUUGAGCCGUAGGGACAUGUACCUGAAGGAAAACACCCAUCUGCACAGUUCCAGCUCGCUGGUGAACGAUCAAAUCAGCAUCGCAAUGGAAACGAAAGAGCAUCUAACAUCACAGCGGCAACAUCUGAAGCGAUUCCAAACCCGUAUGCAUGACAUAUCGAACCGUUUUCCAUUGAUUUCCAGCUUAAUCCAACGAAUUAAUAUACGUAAGCGAAGAGAGUCACUUAUUAUUGGCGGAGUGAUAGCCGUCUGUACAAUCUUGCUACUGUUGUACGCCUUUCACUGACUUCCUCCGGACGUCCAAAUGCUAUAGAACUAAAGAGGUAUCGCUACC